AUGGAAACCAGACGUCGCAUCCUUUCUCCUUCUUCGCCAGCAACGGCGAUUGAUGAAGAGGAACUGAACAAGGCUGACAAACCCAACAAGGCUUCUUCUUGGCAAAGAAUAUCACGAAUAUUCGUCUUGUUGUCUAGCGUAUUAUUGCUGGUUACUUUACAGCAGGGUCUGACACCUGAAUUGAUGACAGAACAUGAGGUACAAGAACCUUCAUCAUCAUCAUCAUCAUCUACUUCUCAUACUUCACCACCCACUACGUUUGGUCGUUGUACCAAUCUCAAGUACACGUCGCCCAAAGUGCCUCAUAAACCAAUAUGGAUUGCCUCUUAUCCUGGAUCUGGUUCCGAAAUGGUCCGUGACCUCGUGCAAGCCUUGACCGGUGGUCUCGUGGGAGGUUCCGUCUACAUCAAACGAGAUCCACCCCAUCAAGAUUGUGUCUCUUCCAAGGCUGCCACCUGCAAGACCCAUUGGCCAUUACUCCCAAUCCAUUCUCCACUUUUAAAUCCACAAGACUAUCAUUCCAAUGCCAUUUUGCUCAUUCGGAAUCCCAUUCAUGCCUUUCCAUCCAGACUGAAUCAUUUGUGGGAGGUUCAAACCACCACUCAGGCGCAUACCACCCAAGCACCGGAACAGGCAUGGAAUCGAUGGAUACACAAGAAUUGGAAGCAGCAAGUCAAGACCUAUCAAGAAUUGAUUCAGACAUGGACACAAAGAAUCCAAACGAAGGACAAUAACAACAACAACAACAACAGGAACGAUACCAGCAGUAGCUUUCCGUAUCGUGUCCAGUUGGUAUUGGCCUAUGAAGAAUUGACCAACAGUACUACAAUUACUAGUAUUAGUACUACAGGCAAGAGUACCAACAACAUGCCGACUGGUGCAAUGGCCGCCAAAGGUUUAGUAACUCUGCUACAACAAGCCAAUGCUCGAGUCGUAAUAGGAGACGAAAGCAUUGCCUGCCUUUGGAGGCAUGUGGUACUGGAUCGACCAAGAAAGAAACGAUCCGAGCAUGCCUACACUCCCGGGUACACCCAACUUUUGAAGGAUCGAAUCCUCACCAUGAUUCAAACUCUAAUGGAACGACUGGAACACCAAGUAGAACUCGAGGACCAAACGACACUCCAAGCAGAUUUGACACGAUUGCUUCAAAGGUAUUCGCAAGACAUUCAACGGAAUACUAGAAUCAUAGAAGAAAUUUGA